GGGGUGUGAUAGUGACCCCCUGGGAGUCCUCUGCCAACUUCCCCACUGACACCCCCUGGGGAACCCCUUGCAACCAGUAGUGGAUGAUGCUAAAGUGGUGCAGAGAUAGGGAGUGAGCUAUUUAUAGCUGGUGAUGGUGAGGAGUGUGUGUUGGGAGGAGAAUUACUUACUCUACCUCGCUGGGGGCCAACAUCCUCCCACUGAAACACAGUGAGGGCUUCUGUCACUCUACAUCACCCUUCUACAUUUCGGAUUUAUCUUUCUGCCAGUGACUUUGGAACUUUCUACCAACUUGUCUAGAAGUUUCCACUACUUUAGUGGAGUUUUCAAUCCUAACUGUUUCGUGUUGGGGAAUACCUCCUCCCGGUGUAUAUGAUGAGAAGCCCAGUAUAAUAUUUGUGUGUGUGUAUGGCCUACCAGCCUGCCUGUAAAGCAGUAACACAGACCUCAGCUUCACUUGUCCUUAGUUACAUUACCGACCCUAGUGGAUUUAGCUGGAUUUUGUGCGAACCAAUUGGAUAAUAUCUGUGUUUAUCUCUUCUGGAGUUUCGAUCCAGUUUUAUUGGAAUAAGGCCACAGGAUUGUUCAAUACGUUUCCUCCUCCGUCUUAUUUUCAGUUAUUUUUGAUGACCAAGAACCAUAAUUAGUCAUUUUUGUGGUAAGAAAUAGCUGAUGUGAGGCUGUAAAUAGAGGAAUUGUGAGAAGUUUUUAGCUGUGAUAGAUCCAAUGGUGUGUCUGAGAUGCGAGUGGAUGCCCUUAGUCAGACGGGUAUAAGGGAAUGGGCAGUGAUGCCUACAACACAAACCCUGUCAGGAGCGUCCAGUUCAUCUGGCCUCAAUGGCUCUCUCACCAACAAUCAGUACAGCUAUAGUAGCUACAAACAUGAUAAUGACUACCAGAAUAUCGCGGAUGAAAGUGAGGCUGGUCCGAGGGUUGUGGACGAUGAAGAAGGCCAUCUGAUCUAUCAGCCGGGCGAUGUCCUACAAGCACGAUAUGAAAUUGUUUCCACCCUAGGCGAAGGUACCUUUGGAAAGGUUGUGGAGGUCAAGGACAUGCAAAGGAAUGGAGAACGGUUAGCACUGAAGAUCAUUAAAAAUAUUGAGAAGUAUCGAGAGGCUGCCAAGCUGGAAAUCAAUGUUUUGGAGAAACUCCGAGCCAAAGACCCAAACGGACAAUACCUUUGUGUCAACACAAUAGAGUGGUUUGACUACCAUGGGCACGUCUGUAUAGCAUUUGAAAUGUUGGGCCUCAGCGUCUUCGACUUCCUGAAAGAUAACCACUACAUACCCUACCCAGUAGAACAUGUCCGACAUAUGGCAUACCAACUAUGUUACGCAGUCAACUUUUUGCAUGAGAAUCAGCUGACCCACACAGAUCUGAAACCAGAGAAUAUACUGUUUGUUAAUUCAGAUGCAGAUGUCACCUUCAAUGCACGAAAGAAAAGAGACGAGUUUACAGUGAAGAACACAGAUAUUCGGCUGAUAGACUUUGGAUCUGCCACAUUUGACCAUGAACAUCAUAGUACUAUUGUAUCUACACGUCACUACAGAGCACCAGAGGUCAUCUUAGAACUUGGCUGGUCACAACCCUGUGAUGUGUGGAGUGUGGGUUGUAUCAUCUUUGAGCUGUACACAGGCUAUACUCUCUUCCAGACUCAUGAUAACAAAGAGCAUCUAGCAAUGAUGGAGCGGAUUCUGGGAUCACUGCCCUACCGAAUGGUGAAAAAGACAAAAACAAAUAAUUUCUGGCACGGCCGCCUAGAGUGGGACCAUACGUCGUCCGCAGGGCGUUAUGUGAGAGAAAACUGUCGGCCGCUGUAUCAUUACAUUCGAGACAAGGGGCCAGAACAUCGGCAACUGAUUGAGUUGACUGAGAUGAUGCUCGAGUACAUACCAGAGGAACGCAUUACUUUACGAGAGGCAAUGAACCAUCCGUUCUUUGGUCCAUGUCGGAAAUUUUAUGCAGAACGUCUUCCUCUAGACAACCCAGCCGAGAGGAAAAAAUCAGCUUCAUUAGAAGAAGGAAAGAUGGCAGAACUGACUGUCCCAACCAAUGGAUCACAAAGGGAAUCCUCAGAACGCCGGUCAAGAUCAGCUGCCAAAUCUAGGGAAGAUUCUGGUGAGGUGAGCCAUGUUGAACAGAACCAUACAGAGCUGAGUUCUAGUCAAGAGGUGGCACAAAAUAUUCCAAUGAAAGUAGAGGAGAAAGUUCCAGAGGUGGUUCCAAAGAAACAGAAAACGCCAAACAAGGUACUACCAGAGAAAACAAGUGGCUAUGUAACAUACAAAGAAAGGAAAAGAAAGGCUGCAGAAGCACAAGCAAAAAUGUCUCCUCCUAAGGAUCCUAACAAGCCAAGGUCAUGGCGUCUCAAACUUGAGAUGGAAAUGGCCAGUGAAACAGAGAAACCCAAGGAUGACUAUGCCUCUAAUCCACCAACAGAGCAGACUACAACGGUGGUGGAUACCAAGGCCGCGGAGCCAGAGGUGCUCAGCAUUAAAGCAUGGAGACAGAAGAAAGAGCUAGAGGUUGCUGAACCAGAGCAUCUUGAAUUGACAUUACCUAAAAAAGAAAAAGAGGCUUCACCAGCUGCUGAGGAACCAAAGACUUACGAUGCCUUUACUCGAAGGAAAUCAUGGCGACAAAGAAUGGAGGAGAACAUGGAGGAAGAACAGCCAGCAGAGGAGGUUGUAGAGAGGGUUCCGGAACAACAGCAACUGUCACCUGACAGAUUACAGGUCAAAGUUGUGUCUCCAUCACGAAUGGACAAGGGAUCAGCUAUCCGAACCUGGAGACAGAUGUUUGGGUCUGAAGACAGUAGUUCACAUAAGGAUGAAUCUAGUACACACAAAAUAGAAAAGCCUGCAAGCUUUGACAGUUUUGAUGAGUCAACUAGUCGAAAAACUUCCAUCUCUGAGAGAGGUGAGUCACCUGGAUUCGACCCUGAAGAAACAGUUGCUGAACGUCUCCAACGUCGGCGAAGAGAGCGUGGAGGAGGUGAUCGUAGAAAGUCUGGGCAUGUGUCUGGACAUGAGGAAGAACUGGAAGUGGAACCCGUCCCAAAAAGAGAAGAGAAACCACUGUCAGCAUAUCAACUGCUCAAGCUUGCACUGGCUAAGCCUGUCUCUGUAGAUAGGUCAAAAUCCGAGCUUAAUCACCAGCAGAAACCAGAAGAACCAGUCAAAGGGCCAAUACAAGAUCUCAAAGUGGAAGUGACGGAAAGAUCCUGGUCAGAACCAGAGAAAGUUCCUAAAGAAAAGGAGAAGAAGCCUGAGGAAGAUCCACUCAAGCUGUUGCUAAGCCAGACUUUUACCCCAAGUGUCUUCUUAAAUAUGUCACAGCACCAGCCGAUUAGCCCCAUUAUUGAGGUUCCAUCCUCUGCAGAGGCCCCUGACACUGCCUCAUCAGGAGCUAAUGCUUUUUCGUUUGAAACUAAUCUCAGCAACAAUGAAACAGAAGGCGAGACAAGCACUGUAUGUAACACAGAAGUGGGAGGAGAUGUAGAACAGCAAGAUACCAGCCAGACAGAUUCACAGCAAGGUUUUUUAUCCCAAGGUGCUGACUGUGAGCAGGAGGCAGUCAGAGACACCGCCAAGACCAUUGUAGAGAUGAAUCCUGCAGGGCCUGUGAUGACGGUGACAGUUCCCCCGCCUGUCAUCGCAGUGGCCAAUCCUACUCCAGUGAUUGCUGUGACUGAUCCAACACCCGAUACUGUUACUGUAGUGCUAGAGCAGCCAGCAGCAUUGGUGUAUGAUCCCACUGAUACAAGGAAUAUGGUGACUUUGCCAACUCAAACCAUGGUUCUUGAACCAUCCCCAAUACAGAAACCUCCCAUUGUGGCCUACACAGCUGUUCUCUCAGACACACCCUUGGACAGUGACACUCAGGUCAAGGUUGAGGAAGCUCAGAAUAAAACACAGAAGAAAACUGCUAAGCGUGCACACAGGAAACGGAGUAAAAAACAGGCACCCACAUCAGAGCAGUGUUUUUUAUCUGAAGUGGGCCUUGACCCAGAUCCCGAUCCCAGUGUUGUGGAAGGCGAACUGGUGCUGCAUGAGCCGUCUCGGGUUCAUGCUUCUCCUCUGCCUUCUGGUAUCGCUGUUAGCAAUAUAUUCACAGGUAAAACUCCAAACAGUCCUGUGAUGUCUGACCUUGGCUCUCCCUCAGUAGCAGAUUCCAACUCCAUUCAGAAUAUUCAAAGGACUAAUUCUGGUGGCGAGCAUUUGGUUAUAGACGAUGCUGACAAUUGUGUGUCGGUCAUUUUGCCUUCUGGUUGUGAUAACACUGUUGAACGUGAUCCGGUCUACACAACACAAGCACCGGAUGGAGGACCGCAAUCUAAUCCAUCUAGUGGGAUAGAGACUGUAUGACAGUGACCAAUCAUAGAAGCGGUAUCUUAGAGACCCAGAAAACCCUGAUCAUCGCGACUUGUUUGAUCUCAUCAAUCAGAUGCUUGAGUAUGACCCAGCUGAACGACU